AUGUCUCUCCCCUGGAAGCGUCUGAUUCGCUUUCAAGCCUCGGAUGGCCGCAUUCUGCGCGGCGAGCCUAUUAUCCCGGCAGCGGGAGAAACCGACCUAGGGCUGAUCACCGAGGUCGAUGGUCUUCAAGCCAAAUUGCUUAGCGGAAGCGACAUUUACGAUGUGACCGGCAAGACCCAGGUGACAGACGAGAUCGUGACCGUGAAGCGCAUCCUCUCGCCACUCGCACAGAGUGAUGUACCCAUCAUGCGAUGCGUGGGUCUCAAUUACGCCAAGCAUAUCCGAGAAGCCGGGCGCAAGCCCCCACCGUUUCCGUUUAUUUUCUUCAAGCCGAAUACCUGCGUUCAUGAUCACGGCGAGCCGGUUGUGAUACCAAGGAUCGCACAGAAUGACCAGGCGGACUACGAAGUAAUCGGAAAAGAUGCCAAAGACGUCCCAGUCGAGUCCGCGCUCGACUACAUCGCAGCCUACACAGUUGGAAAUGACAUUUCCUCCCGGAAGCUUCAGCGUGAUCCCGCGUAUGCUGGUGUCGUCCCUCAAUGGGGGUUCUCGAAAGGCUUCGAUACAUUUGCGCCGCUGGGGCCCGUUCUAGUUGCUGCCUCCGAAAUUCCUGAUCCAUCUCAAUUACAACUGACAACGAUCGUGGAUGGAGAGGUGAGGCAGCAAGAAUCUGUCGGGGAUCUUCUGUUUGAUUGCAGGUACUUGAUCUCGUACUUGUCUCAAGGGACUACACUGCAGAAGGGGAGUGUCAUUAUGACGGGAACUCCUGGAGGUAAGGGGAAAUUCUACUGCUAA